AGUCAGCUGAACAAUGCAUCUUUAUUUAUUUAUUGUGUUGAAAUAAUUUACCAUUUUGCGAAUUAUUAACAUGUAAAUCUUAGUGGUCAAAUGUUUCACGUAAAGGAAGUGAAGUUUUUUUAUUUUAUAUUUAUUGUAAUUACGUUGUGAUCUGUGUUUACUUCAUAUAAAAUGUUUGGAAGACCAAGAUGCAGAGAGUGGACACCUUUAACUACUCAACAGCUUCGUCUUCGUAGUUUAAUUCAGAUUGUGGGAUAUAACAUAAGGCCACCUGAGAGGUGUACACAUCAGUGUAGUUACUAUCUUACCUUGCAUCACACUACAAUGUCGGCACCAUUCUACACUAGCGAGAGGAUUUGCUCACCUCACCCUAAGUGGAAAGAAAUCGAUUCUGAAAUAACACAGCGUAUGUCAUCAACAAACGUAGUUAUACGGAUAUGGUGUCAUAUUCUCAUGCCUCCAUGUAAAGAUGAGGAAUACGAACAAGUGCAGGACACUAUCAUUCAGACGUGGGGUGUAUAUUUUAGUGGUCUCCGAUAUAUAGGGGCUAAUUUAGCUUUAAACUUUACCUCGGAUUGCUUCAAAAGCAACACUCUGGUAUUCCAAAUGCACGGUGGAUACUUUUGUUCGUAUAAAAGUUUGAAAUUGGACGUAAUACCGCCCGAAAAUGAAUUAGAACAAGGGUCUCUCUCGUCGGACUCAUCGACCAAGACGAAUGUGUCGAAGAUUACUUUAGAAUCAAAAGUUAUACAAAGUCACAAAAUUAUAAAUGAAUCUAGAUCGCUUUCUCCGGCUAAAUUUUCAAAGAUAUCCGAUAAAGAAUAUUCGAAAAGUCACAGUCCAGUCGAAAGAGGUUUUAAACAAAAUUUUCCUACUCUAAGAUCUUCGUCAAGUUUGAAUAUGUCUUUAAAUCAUAGAGAGAGUAAAAGGGAAAAAAGUACUGAAAGGAAAAAGGUAGAUCCCAACCAUAUAUAUGAACAUUCUCCUGAUAACAUAGAUGUUAGAGAAUUUACAAACAGUGAUAUCAACUGUGAUAAAUCAGCUUCCCAAGAGGAGCUUUCGAGUAAAGUAGACUUGAGCGAAACGGCUGAAAGUUACGACUUACGCAAUGAAUCUGAUGGAGUGCCAAAAUAUAGGUAUUUGGCGCUGAGUUUCCUCAAAUCGGAAAUUAGGCCAAGUUACAAUGCAACGAAAUUGCAAAAUCUUCAUUUGCUUCAGUAUUCUAUAAAGAAACGACAAGAAGCGGUCCAGGAAAUAAAGGAACGGAUAUAUAAGAAAUCAGCUUUAAGUGAGACCUGGACAUCGGAUUUUGAAUUAAAACUUAAGUGUAAAAGUAGGUCUCAGAGAAAUUUGUUUUCGCCUGACGAAAGUGAAGGUUUAAAGGAAAAAUCGUCUUCUCAAAGUGAUUUGACCGUUAAAAAUGGUAAAAUAAAAGAAGAAAAAACACCAGUAUCAAACGGUCCACGAUUGACGUUAAAAUUAAACGAUCUUUUGUCCUAUAAGUCUAAACCUUCUCCAUAUCAAAGAGCAGAACACGUUAGACUUACAAAACAAUUAGAAAUAUUACAUUUCAAAAGACUUAUACUUUCGGAUGAGAGAGAUAGCAAAUUAGCAAAUAUUAGACGAUUGAAAGAGAGACAUGCGAAGUUGUUUGAAGAGAAUCAAGAUGUCGGUUCAGAAUUAAUGCAAAAUUAUCACACUCUUUCUCGUCGUACUGAAGCGUUGAAAGAGACAAGAGAGUCGUGUUAUGCACUAAGGGAGCUUGCAGCGAGGUCUCACGCAGCUUUAGCGAGCUACAGAAGUGAUUUACUGAUGCAACUGUCUAGAAUCUUCUAUAUAGAUCAGCAAGACGCAACAAAUUGGUCGAUAUGUGACGUGCCCCUACCGAUUUGUGGUGAUGAGAACCCUCGAGCUUCGAAUCCGGUCACAGAUUCUGUCGCAGCCGGUUUUGUAGCUCAGGCGACGUCACUAACAGCGGCCAUAUUGAAUCAGCCUCUACGCUACAAGAUCACGUUACUCGGUUCAGCGAGUAAGAUAUUAGACAUCACACCGGAUUUACCGGAUCCAAAUAUACCGUUGUUCGCAAGGGGCGGAGAUAUAACUCUGUUUCGUUACGCGAUGUUUCUCCUGAACAAGUGCAUCGCCCAGCUGCUCUGGGGUCGCGGGUUGACGGUGCACGACAUGAGGCCGACGCUGUCUAACUUACAGCGUUUGUUGACCACGCCGAGUAAUCUAACGGACACAUCAAAGUUAUUCGGUACAUAUCGCUGGCUAGCUGACAGUCUCUGUCCAAGGACACAGUCGCUACGAAGUCUGGUGCCGUCUGAGAGGAAAUAUAGACAAUUUAAUAGAUUUAAGGAAUCAGUCGAUAGUCAUACACCACAGAAGACGGUGAACAUCAAGAGACAUAAGCAUUCUAGAAGUGUUGGAAGUUAUCACGAAGAUCAGGAUUUAUCGUUAAACGAUUCAACGAUGUCGAUAAUGGGAAGCGAAUCGAACAUAUACAAUAUGAAGUUAACGAAAUCGGAAUGUUCGCAAAGUCUAAAACCACACAAUUCUGACUCAGAAAUAGCGAAAUUAACGGAACAUUUGACAGAAAAUAAAGUGCAGUUCACACUGGGCGACGACGACAUAGCGGACGAGAAGUUAGUAAGGAUAUCAAGCAAUAACGACGACGAAGUAACGUGUACGACGUGUCUCGACGAUAACGUUAAAAGGAUAUGCUCAGAAAUAACGGACUUCUGUUCGAAUUCAAGUAAGAAGAGUUACGAUUUUCCUAAGAAUGAAAUAGAUAUAGCUAAGUACAUGGAGAGGAAAGUCAGCGUUGAAAUCGAAGAUGUCGAUGUUUCAUGUGAUACGUGCGAUAAUAAUAAGAGUGGAGUCUGCGACAUAGCUUGCGCCAAUAACGUGAGGGAUGUCAUCGUUAUACCGAGCGCGGAAGCCAUAUUGGAUACGGGGCCGAGUUUGAAUUUGGAAGAGGAACAGAACGGUUAAUAUUUUAUUUAUGAAUAUAAAAAUAACGGUUCGUAACGACGUCUGUUAUUUUUUCUAUUCCUAUCUCUUUUUCUCUUGGUGAUUGGUUAUUUAUGUAUCUAGAUAUGAAUGUCGUACUACAAAAGAACUAAAGCAAAGGAGUCAAAUUUGUUAUCUUGGUGUGCGUGACAGAUAUGCUUGAUACUUAACAAAUUUAAUAUUAUUUUACUAGUGUGCGUAUCCUCAGCCAACUGUUGGUCACUGUUUUUUUUGGCGCCUUCUCUACUUUGACAGUCUAUCUAGGCAUAUAAAUAAUUAAAGCUGAUACUAAAUCCCGUCAAUGGCUACCAAAUAAAACUAAAAACUUGUCUUUGCCUGUAUAAUUAAAUAUAUUACAUACAUGUAGUUAUUGUUCUUUAUAGUUUUUUUUUUAAAUCAUAAACUGGUAUUGUAAAAUGUCCUAUAUCCUCACAAUCUAUAUAUAAUUGACGGACACUUACGGUAUUUGAUCGGGUGAAAAUCUUAUCCAAAUAAUACGUACCAUUUGGGAUACCGUUUAUCGCAUAUAACCAAAUACACUGAUGUUAUGUACUAUCCCUUGUGAGCUUUUAGGCGUAUUUACUUCAUACACGAUAAGUUCAGUCCAAUAAGUUGAUUGUUCUUGGACUGUAUUAAAAAUCUAUAAAAUUAAUACUUUAAAAAUGUUCAAGACUAAUUUCUUACAAUAAUUACGUAAAUUGAAACGAUGUCUAUUAUGAAAAUAUAAGCAUUCGUCACAUCUAAAGGCAAAAUUUAAAAAUGUAUAUUAAGUCCUUCACCGAAACGCGCUUCAUCUUCUACUAUAAGUUUUACGUUUAUUGGUUUAGUAGAUUUUUCAGUUACACAUUACAAAAAUAAUGUCUUCUCGUUGCUAUAGAUAUCUUUGAUCCAAGAUUUUCCAAGAAGAAAAAAAAUGAUACAAUUAAAACUACAUUUCCAAUCAAACAUGUGCAUGUUAUAAAACAAUGGGGCACAUUCGGGGCAAAUACGGUAUGCACAUGAUCUAAAGGGACACAUACGGGACUCGGAGUCUUCCCGUUAAAUGGUUAGAUGUAAUAGAAAUUAUAGAUUAAUCAUUUAAUCUACUUUAAUAUUUAACACAAUAUUAAGCCACUAGUUUUAAAAUUAUAAUGUAAAUUAAAUAAAUAUUUCGGCUGUGUUUCGUGUAUUAAUUAAUUUAUAAUGAACGAUUUUCUAAAUGUAUAAUUGUAUACAAUGUAAAUAUAAUUAUUCUAUACAUUGUAUAGAGGAUUUGUACGUUACGAGUAAUAAGAUGGGUUGGAGUUUGUUAUAUAAGAAGUUUAUUUUAAUGGCGCACAUUGAAGAUUUUUUUUAUCAAAUUAUUGGGAUCAAACCAUACUGUCAUAAGUGUAUCACACAUUCAAACAACUAAUCCGUACAUUAGAACUGUUUGAAGAUAACUUGAAUAAUUACUUGGCUGAUCUAUAUAUCUAAUCAUAUACAUAAUGUUUUUAUUUAUUACCUAAAUGUCGAAUUGUAAAAAAUGGCGAUAUUCAGCAAAAGUAAAGUAGUUUUAUUGUAUACAAAUAUCGUCUUUUAGUUCUUUUUUAUCAUUAUAAUGACACCAACCUUCUCCCCUCCCCUCAAUACAUCUUGAUACCCCUGCGCUUACGUUCCAUUCCACAAUACGUUUAUGUAUUUUAUUUUUAAUCCACUUUGCGAUUGUGAUUCCAUUUUUCUUGGUAAUUACAGCAUUCGUUUAAAAACAAAUUACGUAUACAUUAUAAUUAUUAUAUAUUCAUUUUCUUAUAUUUGAUUUUUUAAUCUAUAGAUAUAAAAUUACUUUAUUUUUUCCUUUUUACGUAUCGGUAUGAGACUGAUAAAUUGACGCGAAGUCGUCCAUAUUUGGUUAUACAUUAUUAAUUUUUUGAAUUUUGUUGAUAUUCCUCCACCUUUUUUAAUAAUUGCCAAGCAAACCGGGUAGCAGCUCCUAUACCCUUAUUAAACCAAAAAAAGGAUCGCUUAAAGUGUGCAAGAAGCAUUUUCAAUUAUAUGUGUAAAUAUAUAUGAUUAAAUACGUCUAUAAAUCCAUAAUUCAUAGACAAGGUGAAUAGACUAAAGAUUAUUAUCCUUAUAGAAAGAACAUUAGAUAAAAUAUUUGUAAUGUGUGAUACCGUAAACUAGUUGCAAUAAUUGACAAUACUCAAAAAAAAUAGUUACAAUUGUGCUAGUCACAAAUUACACUGAGACAAAAAAAAAAAAUAUAUUUUGUUUCAAAGAUUGUCUUAGAAAUAAAAAAUAGUUUUAAUUACUGGCAAUAAAAUGUAUUAAUCAUUUAUAAACUGGGUAUGCAUAACGCUAAGAUGACUGGAUUCAUUGAUAAAAUAAUAAGACCACGUUUCGUCGCAACCAAUGUCAAAAGGGCUACCAACGUGUUGGUUCAUUGGUGAUAUUGGCCAAUAAGUGACGUUUAUUCUGGUAAUAAAUGAACAGGAAAAGCUAUAAGAGAAAAUUAGUAGAAUAUGUAUUUAUAAUUAGUUAUAAUUUUAUCAUCUACCAUUAUUUUCAGUGUUCAUUUUUCUUUUAUUCUUUAUGGUCUAUCAAAAUGUUAU